AUGGAGGACAAAAACAACGGGGUGCUUGGAGCUUUCGGGCCUCACUUCCCCGUACACGAACCCAGAUGUCUCCGUAGCACCUUUUUCGUCAGCAACGUCCACUGCUCCUCCUGUGUCGCCUACAUCAACGACAUCCUUUCUGACAUACCCGCCGUGAGGGGCGUGGAGGUCAACAUCCUUACCCACGAGGUACACGUGCGACACGGCGUGGAAGUAGGUGCGUCCAGGUUGGCCACGGCGUUGAUUCAGGCCGCUUUUGAAGUCCACUAUGUCACGACCUACGACGACAUUGAAGGCUCCGUCGUUUCGGAAAUCGACACCACUUUGUUGCUCCCCCGCGAUUCGAUUCUAUUCUCGUCGGUGCGGGCUUCGUAUCCCAAACUGCCUCUGAAGAACAAGCAACACAUCGCCAAUUGUGAUGCGUGCAGAAAGGAGAAUCAGGAUCGCCUUUCUUGGUCGCCCCGUCCAGAAAAGAAUGGCUUGUUUCGGCGUGAAAGCAGUUGUAUUUCUCCGCUGGCUGCUAGUAACCGCAACUCGUUUUGCCCUGACUACAAAAGGGAAGGCUCCGACGUUGAGAGUCUCGUCCCAGGAGCUUCCCCGGUGGCCAUGGAGCCCGUGCAGCCACUGGACCCUGCAUCGCUGUCGGCGCCUCAGCAUAUGGACGAGGAAUUCAAUGCCCGCAUCAGCAUUGGAGGCAUGAGCUGUGCGUCAUGCGUCAACACAGUCACGAACGAGGUCAAGCAACUUGAAUUCAUCAAGGAUGUCGUCGUCAACCUACUCACCAACAGCGCCAUGCUGGUCUACACCGGCCCAAAGUCGAACAUUGACAAAGUCAUCGAUCAGAUUGAGGACAUUGGCUUCGAAGCGUCUCUUGAUGAAGUCAAUGCAGUUAUCCAGUCUAGUCGUGCACCGAAUGCCUUCGUUGCAGAGAUUGCUAUCACCGGCAUGACUUGCGGAUCCUGUGUGGGAACAGUCACUGGUGCGAUCGAGGAGCUUCCCUUUGUCACUCAUGUUUCUGUGAAUCUCUUGUCACACAGUGGCGUGGUUGAGUUUGAAGGAGAAGACAAGGCCAAUUCCAUCGUGGAGAAGGUUGAAGACAUUGGCUUCGAUGCUUCAUUGACCAGUGUCCACCCUCUGGCUGCACAGAAAGACGACAACGACGAGAGCAAACCGAGAACGGUCUCUAUUCAUGUGGACGGCAUGUUUUGUCACCACUGUCCGGAAAGAGUCCUUGGCUCUUUGGACAGGCUUACGGACGUUGUGAUUGAGGAACCGUUGUCCAUCAGAAACCCCAUUCUGAAACUUACCUACACUCCUAGUCCAUCGUCCUUCACCGUUCGGGAACUGCUUUCGACCAUCGACUCCGCACACGAUGCUUUCAAGGCGAGUGUCCACCACCCGCCAAGCGUUGAAGACCGUUCGCGCGCAAUCCAGCUACACGAGCGACGUCGACUGCUAUGCCGCCUUCUGUUUGUAUUCACCGUCACAAUCCCGACUUUUUUGAUUGGGGUGGUGUUCAUGAGCCUCGUAUCUUCCAACAACCCUACUCGAAUGUACCUGGAGCAACCAAUCUGGGCAGGUAGCGCAUCUCGCAUGGAAUGGUCGCUUUUCAUCAUGACAACACCGGUCAUGUUCUACGGCACGGACAUAUUCCACGUUCGAGCGAUGAAGGAGAUUCAUGCCCUAUGGCGUCCUGGUAGCCGGGUUCCUUUUCUACGCCGUUUCUGCCGCUUUGGUAGCAUGAACUUGUUGAUUUCCGCAGGAACCACGGUUGCUUAUCUUGCUUCUUUGGCUGUUCUCAUUGUUGAUGCUGCGGUGGGCACCAACAAGUCAUCUCAAACGCAUAGUUCGACAUAUUUCGACACGGUUGUAUUCCUUACCCUGUUUAUCCUUGCUGGUCGCUUCAUGGAAGCUUACAGCAAAGCGAAAACGGGAGACGCAGUUGCAUCUUUGGGCAAGCUGAGACCGCCAGAAGCGCUACUUGUCGAGCGUUCAGUAACACCAGACGAUGAAAAAACCGAGGUCAUCCGACAUAUCAACGUCGACUUGCUUGAUAUCGGUGACAUUGUCAGCAUUCCUCAUGGCGCUUCCCCGCCAGCUGAUGGCACCGUCGCAAACACGACAGGAACUUACCAAUUCGACGAAAGCUCCCUCACCGGCGAAUCAAAGCCUGUCAAGAAGGCUGCAGGUGACCAAGUUUAUACAGGAUCAGUCAACGUAGGCCAGCCAGUGCAGAUCCAGGUCUCUGCCAUCGGAGGCUCGUCGAUGCUUGACCAGAUUAUCUCCGUGGUACGCGAGGGCCAGAGUCGACGUGCACCGUUGGAAAGAGUUGCGGACUUGCUUACCUCCCAUUUCGUGCCGAUUAUCACGCUCAUUGCUAUUUUGACUUUCCUCAUCUGGCUCUCACUUGGACUUUCUGGUGCUUUGCCCGAUGAUUAUCUGGACGUUUCUCGCGGUGGAUGGACCUUUUGGAGCUUGGAGUUUGCGAUUGCAGUGUUUGUUGUUGCUUGUCCUUGUGGUCUGGCGCUUGCCGCUCCUACGGCACUUUUUGUUGGUGGAGGUCUCGCUGCUAGGCAUGGUAUCCUGGUCAAAGGUGGAGGCGAGGCGUUUCAGGAAGCAAGUCGUCUCGAUGCCAUUGUCUUUGACAAGACUGGAACUCUUACUGAGGGAGGUAGUUUAAAAGUAUCUGAACACGAGGUCCUUUCGAACACCAACGAUUCAGCGGAAAUGCAAGUUGCCUGGACGCUCGCAAAGAAGCUGGAGGAAAGCAGCAACCAUCCGAUUGCGCGUGCGAUCAUGGAAUUCUGCAAUGGCAAGCCAGCUGUCUUCGUGCAGUCUUCUGAAAUCCAGGAACUCUCCGGAAAGGGAAUGAAAGGCGUCUUCACAGUGUCGACUCUCGAAACCAAAGACCCCAUCCAAUACGAAGCAGCAAUCGGCAACGAGCGUCUCCUCCACGAACUAGCCUCCCCAGUCACAGACACAUACUACAUCUCAACCCUCCUCUCCAAAUACCAAUCCGCCGGAAAAUCAACCGCUAUCCUCUCCAUCCGCAAAACCAAACCCAACUCCUUUGAAAAGACCCCAUUCAUCCCCGUCCUCGUCUUCGCGGUCUCCGACCUCAUCCGCCCCGAAGCCGCACAAGUAAUCUCCGACCUCCAAAAGCGCCGCGUCAACGUCUACAUGUGCACAGGCGAUAACCACACCACUGCAACCGCCGUCGCAGACAUGGUUGGCAUCCCGCGCUCAAACGUCAUGGCCAAUGUCCUACCAGCUGGUAAAGCCGAUUUCGUCCGCCAGAUCCAAGAAUCCUCUCCAAGUGAUAACCAGAAGAAGACUCGCUCGUUAGUGGCUUUCAUUGGCGAUGGCGUGAAUGACUCUCCCGCGCUGGCUGCCGCAGAUGUAUCUAUCGCGCUUUCUACGGGGUCUGACGUCGCCUUAUCCUCUGCUAGUUUCAUCCUCCUCAACUCUUCUUUGACUACAAUCCUCCACCUCGUCCUCCUCAGCCGCCGUGUGUUCAACCGCGUCAAGAUGAAUUUCGGAUGGGCUUUGGUGUACAAUCUCUGUCUUAUCCCCAUUGCCGCGGGCGUCUUCUAUCCUAUCGUCAGUGGCCAUCGCGAUGUCAUGGGUAGUAAUGGAGAGGUGAUCGGGAUGGUUGAUACGCAUUGGAGACUGAGUCCCGUGUGGGCUGCAUUGGCGAUGGCAUUGAGUAGUGUAUCGGUUGUGUGUAGUAGUUUGGCGUUGGGGGUUGAGGAUCGGGUGAGGAGGUUUUUGGGCAAAAGUGACAUUUAA